GCCGGCUUCCAUUCAGUCUGUUCGGUUCUCAACCCUGUUUGCAGGAUGCCAGAGCCCGCAAAAUCUGCGCCAGCCCCGAAGAAGGGGUCGAAGAAGGCGGUGACCAAGGCGCAGAAGAAGGACGGCAAGAAGCGCAAGCGCAGCCGCAAGGAGAGCUACUCUGUGUACGUGUACAAGGUGCUGAAGCAAGUGCACCCGGACACGGGCAUCUCGUCCAAGGCCAUGGGCAUCAUGAACUCAUUCGUGAACGACAUCUUCGAGCGCAUCGCGGGCGAGGCUUCGCGCCUGGCGCACUACAACAAGCGCUCGACCAUCACGUCUCGGGAGAUCCAGACGGCCGUGCGUCUGCUGCUGCCCGGGGAGCUGGCCAAGCACGCGGUGUCGGAGGGCACCAAGGCCGUCACCAAGUACACGAGCUCCAAGUGAGCCUGCCCUUGGCCGCUGCUCUGCUGGUACCACACCCCUCAAAGGCUCUUUUCAGAGCCACUCAUAUUUUCGAAAGAGAACUGUCACUGAGUUUUUUUUGUAGGAGAUGUUUACUCUGAAGAGCUAUUUACUGGUUUUGCCUUUGGAAUUAAUAGGGCACAAAACUACCUGCUAAAACUUAAAAGUCUUUGGGUAGAAACCGAGCGAAGUAAAUUAAA